UAGAUACCACACUUGACUUGUCACAGGUGAAAGCUGGUUGAUCGUUGAUUAUGGAAUUGUAUAAAAAUGUAUUUGUUGAUGACGAAAUGGAAUAAACUUUUAAAAUGAGUGUUAGAAUGAACGGAUAUAGCAGUGACCGUGAACGGCGUCCGCCAUCUGAACAGAUGGCGGACCUACACGUGUAUCUUGUGCCACCGGACAUUUGGAGGGACAAAUUUAACAAUGCUCUCAACCAAAACAUCAACGAAACAGUGUCUAUUGGUUUUAUACGGGUUCACCCAGAGUCGAAGGUGUACACGUUACGAGAUGAGAUAGAGCAGCAGCUCGGCCACGAACUCAUCCCGCGGGAAUACGUCUUUCUCAAAAGUGUCGGCAGAUCUCUCACAAGGUUGAAGUCAAGACAGGAGAACACACUGAAAGUGAAACACUUUCUUCCCCCUCAGGCCUAUGCACCAGAACUGUAUUUAUUAGAGGCGACACCGGAGGUACAGCAAGCAAUCGCAGCAAGCAGCGAGGGGUCAACAAGACCCCAGACACGAACAUCGUACGAUUAUGACUUCCAGUCAAACAAAAGACGCAAUAAUCAUUACAAUCAUAUAAGUAAUCGCCCCCAGCACCUGGCUGGCUCCCCACGACGUCAUGAGGGGGCUGACCCCAGGGGGGCCGAUACGGCCCACGAGGAUUACCUCCCACCCCUUAGUGCCACACCCCCUGCUAACGCAGACAGUGAUAAGGCCGGUAGACACCAUAAAGGUGUUAGUCACCAAAAACCUGAUGCAGACUCGGGUAUUGCAGGGUUUUCUCCAGAAACGUACAGGGAUAAUGAGCCACUUGAUCGUCGGAAAGCUGAAGUUAACGCUGCAAAUGACCGGUUCCGUGCACCAUCUCCCGAACAUGAUGAUGGGAACCGUACUGACCGUUCCCACGGCAACCCAGAAAACGGAGACAUUUCAGAGUGGGAGCGGCAGCAGGAAGGACAGAGACGAGCUCGAGAGGCCGACGACAGGGAGGAUGAUGAUGACGAGGAACGACGACGACGAGAGCACGACCAGGAGAAGAUUGCAGAGCAGGCACAACUCAUGAAAACUAACUCUGACGAGGACAUGACACGCUACCCAUCCCCACCGCCACUUCGCCUCUCAUCGCCCGACAGAGAUACCGCUUCAGCAAAAACACGACGCAAAAAACAAAAGGAGGAGCUGCUGCGGGAGUUGGAGGAUGCGCGCGAGGCUCGCCGGGCCGCCGAGAGGCAACGGGAGGAGCUUGUUAAACAGGCAAAACUGAUGCAGACCAAGACACAAAACAGAAGAAAUCAUGCCCGAGAUUUGUGGAAGAAACGAUAUUUUGAUGAGAAAAAGAAAACGGGUCCAUUAGAGGAGCAGUCCAACAGAUUGCGACAUGAACUUGACAUUAUACACAAAAGACUGCUUACAACCCUGGAGGGGCCGAAAGAGAAGGCCACCAAACUUAAUGAUAUAAAACCUGGUUCAAAGGUUGGUUCCCCCAGUCGACCCUUGAAUAGCUUCAAAGUGCAAGCGACACGUUUGCAACAUGAAAUAGAGGAUAUAAGACGACGAGUGGAUCAUUCUAAAAUGAAAUUAACCAGUGAAAUGAAGUUACGAAAUCAAGCGGAAACUGAACUCCGAGCGCUUAGGGCAGAGCUAAUGCAGAAGAAGAUUAAUUUGACUUUAUCACGAAACUCACACUUGACUGCUUAUGCCCCUCCGGCCGCAGACGUGAACUUUAUGACCGCACGAUCGGGGAUCACCCCACGAUCUUAGGUUUUAGUGAGCAUGUGGGAGGGGCAAGGAAAUGUGAGGGCUGCGUGUCUGUGACUAGUGUUGGAAGUGUAGAAAUACUGCACGUGUCAGCUCUGUAUCUUAUAAUUAGUGCUUGUUUCAAACUGAAUAUGAGUGGGUCCGCCAUAUGCCAUCAAAAUACCAAGUUUCUUCUGAUAUGUGAAGAUGACCAUUUGAAAAAUUGUUCGCAAUAAAGUGACAGGAUGUGAUUAGAACUUCUUUAUUUUAAUUAUUAUUUAAAGUUGAAGCAUGAGACUUUUGUCUACAAUAUUAUUGAGUGAUUGCCAAGUAAGAAGUUCCAAGAAUUCCGGCUCAUUUUACGCAAACAUUGCCAUGGAAUGUGAGGGAAUGGAUUGCUUUUAAUCUCCCCGUAUACAUGUACAGUAGAAUCUGUUGCUUGUAAGCGGUAUUUUGUUAUUGCUUUGAUGUACAUAUCUCUAGGGUAGUUCAGCAUAGAUAGUCUCAUAUUGAUCAGUAUUCCUGUAUAUAUACUAGACAGAAUAUUUAUAUUUUUACCCUUUGUCUUGUUCCGUUUUUGUCAACAUGCAUGCGUUACAACUUCUCUGUUUUUAUAUGGUUGACAGCAUCAUCACCAAGCUUUUCAGUUCCUUAGGAAUACUAUGCAACAUAACACCAAUGAAAUAAUGUUUCCUUAUGCAAAUUUUAUCCUCAAACAGCCUGUUUUUCGAAACAAUAAAACACAAAAAGCUCUUCUUAAUGUAGAAAUUGCAGAUACCAAAGAUUUGAGUGAAAUCAUAUUUGACUACAUGCCUUUACUAGUCAGCCUAUAUCAAACAUGUCGUACUGCUUUGUCACUGGUCACAUGAUUACUAUGUUGUUGUUGUUGUUGUAUUAACUUUAAACAUGUUUAUUAAGUUAAUAACCAAUUAAAAUUGCUUAACUGACUACAGGACAACUGGUAUUGUUGAAUAGUAGGCAGUCUCUUACAAAUAUUAACUGAGAUAAAUUUCUGGUCAAGAGAAAUUUCCAGUACUUCUUGUUCAAAAUACCUGUGUCAGAAAUGAUGUUAAUUAGUAUGGCUGCAUUCAUACAAUUCAAAUGCAUUAGUAAAGUAGUAAUAAAAUGGCAGUUGUAACAGCUUGAAGCCAGGAGACAAUUCAAGUGGCAAAGUCCCACUUCCCACUUCUUCACAGCUUCAAAGUCCCAGAAGGCACUAUUUAUUUUUCGAAUGCAUUGAUUUUAGAAGAUAAAGGUGGUGAGUGUAAAUACCACAGAAUGUUUGGGAAGUAAGAUCUAUCAGAAUCAAUGCCAGUUGUCUUGUAGUACGCUCAUCACCUGUGAUAUAUUUUGUUGAAGCCAUUCUGGAUAGGAUGCAGGUACUGUGCUGCUGCUUUUACCUGCUUUAUAAGGGUAGUUGAUUACAUCAGCAGGGUUUGAUGUAAGGUACUAAUGCACAGUUAUCACAAUCAACGCUCCUAGACCACUCCUGAUAUAUCUUGCAAGUGUGUUUCAUACACCAUUGUUUAUGUAGUUUCAUACAGCAUUCUUUAUGUAGUUUCAUACCCUGUCCAUAUGUUAUUACACGUUUUAUUGAGAUCUAGAUUCAUUAAAAUAAGCACAGUGACAGCCUUACUUUAAAUAAGUUUCAAACACUAUAUAAAUAAUAUUGCCUGGAUAUAUCUACAGGAAAAAAUAUAUGUUCAUUUUGCAUCAACUGGUCAGUGUUAUGAAAUCAUUGUUUAUUUUAUUAUUGCGCACUGAUUGGACAAGCGCUACGUCAUUUGACCAAUGGCAAUGGUAAUCAAUGGUUUGAAUGUUCCCCAUUCUUUUUUUGCAGACAUUAAUUUAUUAAUUACAGAUUUCUCUCCAAUAAUUUUACAUGAAAUUAUUUUUAUCUUAUAUUUAAACAAAUUAAAACAAAAAAAAUAUAGUAGUGGUUCUUAUUUUUGUGAGUUCGUUUAAAAAAUGCAUGAAAAAUAAUGAUAAAUUCUUAAUUAAUCUCAUAAACUUCAUAUAAAGUUUUCCUUAAAAAUUAACAAAACAAAAAGAAUUUCUCACUGUAUUGAAAAUCCAAUUCAUGAACAUUAUUCUGUGCUCAGUCUCCCGUUUUAUUGUUCUUUACAUGAAGUAUGUGUCCUUAUAUAGUAUGUAUUUAUUUUGUGUGUUUAUUCUGCCUUGCAUAUUCAACUGUUAAGUUUGAAACAUGGUUACAAGUUAUUUUUUUCUCUAAUUUAUAGUUAUUAUCAAAAUAUAUUCAGUGAGUUUUCAAUGGUAAGUUUUGUCUCAAAACCCCAUUGAUGUACAUGUAUUAUUGUUAAUCUUUAUCAUGUUCAGUCAGUUAAGAUUUGAACUCUUCCUCUAGUUUUGUGAAAUAUUUUUGCUCAAUUUUUUUUUUAUAAUUCAACAAAAGUUUCUGUGAUAUAAUAAAAAGAAAUAUAUCAAGUUAUGUUUUAUUCAUAUGUCAUAUAUUACACAUAAAUCCUAUUAUUUCAGAAGUAAUGUACACUCUUUAAAUUAGGACCUCUUUGAAAAUACAUAUUCCUGUAUUAUAUGGUAUUUAUUUCAUAGUGUUUUGAUAUAAAUGAUUCAAAUUUAAGGAAGCCUGAUGUCCUACAGCGUUUUGACUAUCUAGACUAGAGUCUGUGUGUUGUUAUUCCUACCAUGUAACUAACUAUCCACCUGGCUAGCAAUAUCAUUAUGUUUAAUGCUCCAUACCUGCAUUGUAAUUAUGAUAAUAAAAAUAAAACAUUAUUUUCCA